AUGGUGUUUUCAUUGCUGCCCAUCUUCCUGAAAACAGAGCUGGGCUAUUCGAACACGAGAAUAGGAGCGAUGGAGGGCGCAGCACUCCUGAUUUCAAAUCUUUCCAGGAUUAUCUCAGGAGUAAUGAGUGACAUCAUUAAAUCUCGAGUUCACGUGAUUGCUUUUGGUUCUGCCAUGACAGCUGCAAUGAAAUUUGUUCUUGCAUCGGCCGUCACUCCGCAAUCGGUAAUGUCCGCAAAGUUGCUUGACAGGUUCGGAAAAGGUGUAAGAGCAGCUCCAACAGAUGCUCUUAUUGCUGACCUAUCGCCGCGUCAGAAACGAAGCACAAUAUAUAGUUUGCACCAGUCGCUGACUACUUUGGGAGGAGUUUUUGGAUCGAUGUGCGCCGUAGCCUGCAUGACAUUGACACAAAACAAUUACCGGCUGACCUUCACGCUUGCAGGCGUGCCCUCUAUUUUCGCUAUUUUCAUGCUAUUAUAUUUUGUUCAGAAACCAAACCGUUUACAAACUAAACAUUACGGUAUGCCAAAGUUCCCCGCCCGUCCUGCCCCAUCCAAAAGACGGCACGGUCGCGGCCCUCUCGCAAUAGUGUACGAGCCUAUUCGAUGGCGACGUUCUAACUGUAAAGAUAUGAGAAGGGACAUGGCAUGGCAUCGAGGGAAGCGGACAUGGCACCGAGUAAGUGAGUGGCUUACGGAGCAUUUGGAAGAGAUGAAGAGACGUACACAGCGUGUCAAGGAAGACUGCAUUGAAGACGAAUCCGCGUUUCUACAAUUUUGUAUUCGAAAUGGAGAAACCGGUGACGAGCUGGAUAUAGGUCGGCGUGCAUGGCAGGCAGAGUACCUAUCACCAGAGCAAGAACACCACUUUCGACACCGUCAAACAUCAUUUCAGCUUCAGGGAUCAUUUGAACCACAUAAAAGUUCAAGGGCACUAAAUUCCUACAGCAUCAAUGCUUCUUUCGAUUCGACAAACGGCCUACAUUCAGAAUCGACGCCUAUUUAUCAGCACCAAGAUGAUGUACCAAAUAUUGAGCCUGACAUGGUGUCAAAAAUGGAUUCGAGUAGUCUCCCGAAUGAAUCUUCGACUUCUGAUGCGAAAAAAGUGGUUUGGGGAUCAUGGCGAUGGUCAUUAACAGAGGCGCUUCAGCUACCGUUAGCGUUUUGGAAAGCUCUACUUGUAUUUACUGUGCUGAAAGUGGCUCGUUUCAGUGAGGCAUUUGUUACGUUGCAUGCAAACGCUGUUGGCCUGAAGGCAGCAUACCUGCCUAUGCUCAUGGUCGCCACUAAUUUGAUGCAAUCUUUGCUAACUUACCCACUAGGUGUCGUUGCUGACCGUGCAGAAAACGCUGGUGCAAAUGGAAAUGGUCGAAAAUUCAUGCUGUUGGGUGGAUUUGGCAUGAUGAUCCUGGCCGAUCUCGUUUUAGUGUUGGCUAAAGCUCCUUGGCAAGUGUUCCUUGGAUAUCUUGCCGUGGGGGCACACAUGUCGAUGACUCAGGCGAACAUGAAAGCGGUUCUGUCCGCAACAAUGCCACCGAGUGUUCGAGGAACGGGCUUUGCGAUUUCCGCACUUUUUCAAGGCAUUGCCCUUGGUGCUGGUAACUACAUGGCCGGGCAUUUGUGUGACUUGUUUGGAUCUGCUGGGGCGUUCUGGGGUGGAGGAGCUUUCGCAACUGCUGCACUUUGCCUCGGUUGGUUGCUCUUAUAGCGAAAGGCCCUGAAAGCGAAAGCCGGCGACGAGAAGAGUUUCAUCGUUCAAUAACAUGCCCUUCAGCAUGUCUAAGUCUCUCGAUUUUUUCGACUUGGAGGCCGCCAUCUGGACAACAAGCGAACCUCUUCGCCGCGGAGCUUUAGAACUCGACCGCCCAGGUGUCGCUAUUUCGGCGGUGCUUCCAGCGAAACCCGCGGCGAGGCGCGUUGGCGACAAACGUUGUGUCGGUGACGAAACAUUUAGACAUUUUAGAGGAGCAGUCGUAGACAUGUUUGCCAUAUUUUCUGUGAGGAUACAAGUACUUUGCGGCGUAAAUGGCCGAGUCGGUCCGC